AUGGAUUCCACAGACCCCUAUGAUAAUCCCGCCAUCGAGCGCAUUCGUGCUGCUCUGACUACGAGCAUGUACACCAGCGGUGUGUGUGAGAUUCCUCCCGACCAGUGUUACCUGUAUUUCCGCGAUGCAGACAACGUGGCCAACUCGCUCAACUUUGCCGCCGCUACUCAAGAUGACCUCAUUCACCUUCACAAGGCAUGCGACCCAGCUCCGUUUGGACGCGGUAACGAGACGGUGUUGGACGAGACCUACCGCAAGGCAGAAAAACUCGAUCUUUCACACUUUGCUACCUCUUUCGAGCUCUGCAACACACCUAUCCUGGGAAAGAUUCACCAUGAACUAAUCGAAGGCAAGCAAGCAGAACAACGUGUCAUUAGAGCUGAGCCAUAUAAGCUCAAUGUCUAUGGCAAAGGCGCGUUCUUCAAGGCUCACAAAGACACUCCGCGUGCCCCGAACAUGUUUGGCUCGCUUGUCAUUGUGUUCCCUACCCAACACACGGGUGGGGCGCUUACCCUUAAACAUCAAAAGGACUCGGAAUCUUACACCUUCGACGCGGGCACAAUUCUUGCAAGCAGUUCCCCCACCUCGCCUUCAAUUGCCUAUGUCGCCUUCUACAGCGAUGUCGAGCAUGAAGUUUUACCUGUAACUUCUGGCGCGCGCAUCACGCUCACGUAUAACCUCUACUUUGAAAGAGCUCCUAGAUUCUUCGCUGCUGGGCCUGUGCCGGAUGCCAAGCAUACGAUACUGAAGGCCGCACUGAAGCGAUUGAUCGAGGACGAGACGUUCCUGCCGGAUGGUGGCUGCCUAGCCUUCGGGCUGAACCAUCAAUACCCGCUGGGGUACAAUGGUUCUGUCCAAUCCCUCGUUAGGAACCUCAAGGAACUUGGGCUGAACGUGAUGCUGCGAGUGCUGUACCGUGAAGAAGACGGGGAACGACUCUUUGUGGGCAGGGAGGCGCCAUAUUUUAAUCUCGAGGUGGAGGAUAUCAAUGGUGCGAUGGAGGAGUCUAUGCAUACAGUCCAAGAGAAGUAUGGGGAAAACAUAGUGUGGGUUACAGACACAGGUCGGAAUUUGAAUGUGAUCGAAACGGGCUAUGUCGCCUAUGGGAACGAGGCGUCAUUGGCGUACAUCUAUGGUGACGUCUGUUUGUUUGUUGAGUGGGAGAAACGGGGUUAA